UGCUUUUAGAGAACAAUGUUUACAAUCGUGAAGCCACAAAGCAGCAACUAGCUUAGUUAUUAACAACAACGCAUGUUUAUAUGUAGUUGUGUUUAGUGAUUGACUAUUAAUUGACAUUUCUACGCUGAUUAAUUCGCGUUGGAAGAUGAAUUCGUCCCGCCAGCGGAACGAACAAGUUCGUUCGGACUGCGAGGAGCUGCUUGCUCGCUUCCAACAAACCGACUCUGUGCGCUUUGAGAAUUUCUCCAGAAUAUGGAGAGAAAUGAAGUUCGGACAAAUAUUUUACGGCACAGCGGGCCGCGAGAAGCGGGCGUUCAGCCGCCUGGUGUUGGACGUUGCCUCCGUCUACUUCCUGCCCCCGUUCAGCUUCCAGAUCCGAGUGGGAGGACUUUACCUGAUCUACGGCCUCUACCACUGCCAGACCGCCUCGCCCCGCGUCGGGAUCCGCGUGGCGCUGAAGGACUGGGAGGACGUGCUGGGCUUCCAGAAGGACGCGCUCGGAGCUCAGCAUCUGGACGCCGUCUUCGUCCUCCGUCGGCUACGCUUCCAAAAAGCCUUCCGCUUCACCGCCAUGCCCCAAGUGCUGACGUUCGAGCGGCGCGCCAAGGAGGCUCGUUCUCAGCUGGGCAACAAAUUCGUGGCGAGGGCCUGCGGCCCUCAGGAGCUCCUCAACCGAGACGCCAUGGAGGAGCUGUCCAACGUCCACGAGCUUUACGGCCAGCUCAAGUCGUCCGUCUACUCGCCGGCGCGACGGGAGCGGCUGGGCGUCGACCUGACCCGCGAGAACUUGCCGGCGCGGCUGCAAGGGCACGUGGUCGGCUUCCACAGCUGGCAGAAGAGGGAGCGGCAGGAAGCGAGCGACGGCGACGAGGGCGUCAGCGAGGGAACGUCCGCGCGAGCGGAGAGUUCCCGAAGAGCUCAACUCCUGUCAUCCAUCAAGUCCAAAGCGUACGGACAAGCAGCCGAGGCGUGCAAGUCUCGCCGCCAUCGGCAAGUGGAAGUGGAUGCCGGCGACUCGUCUGGCCCCGCCCCCCCGAAAGGACGCAGCACGUCCAGAAGAAUUUCGCUCAAAGCGAGAACCCACGAGAACGUUCGCAUCGCAGGUGAAAUGUGGAAAGAGGCCACCACGGCCACUAGCAUCAAUCGUCUCACCGCCGUGGAACGUGGCCCUGAAGCCAAAAAAGAAGAAAGAUCGUGAAGUGACCCGCAGACUUUGCUGAGCAAUAUUUUUCUGUUGCUUUUCCUGAGUGUCGAGCAGCGUUCAUGAAGGCAAACACACUCAACAUUGACAUGCAGUUUCAUGGUGCAACUUUGGAAGAAAAUGGCGGCCGCCUUCCUGAGGCUUUUUUCGCUGCCAGCAAGUUUUUCUGAUUGUCAUGUUUUCUAUGUUGUGCAGCAGUACAUGACACGUUUUAUUGUUGUUUGGAAUUGAAAAUCCUCAAAAUCUGCAGACAUUCAAGUGAAAUCAUUCGUAUUAUUAUCUGACUGAAGUCAAAUUGAAUCUUUUAUUUGUGCUCGACAUGUUUGGGUGCUCAGUGGCCAUGUUUGGUUUUUAAAAGGGACAAAUGGAACGGCUCAUUCGGAGAUGUGAUUACCCAAAACAUUGAUUUCAAAGUUGUAUAUGAAAGUUGUGCAAUUGUUUAUUUUAACCAUAAAACUAUUGUAUUAUGUAUAAUUAGUAUAAUUCUCGUCACACAAUUUAUUUAAAACAUUUUAAUGAACUGGAUGUCAAAUUGUUCAAUUUACUUUUUCAAUAACAUUUCAUCAAUUCCCCUUUUAUACUAAUAAUUACAUUUUAACUCACCAAUUUCAAGCCCCAAACCCCCCAAAAAAGUGGGGAACGGAUUCUUCAAGGAAGGAUUAUCAGGCGCUUGAUUGGGUAAACGCUCGCUAGGCCGGAUUAAAGAUCAUCCAGUAGAAGUUUUAAGUCGGACUUCUGAUACAGUGUUGUUUCGUUCAAAAGAACAAAUCUUUUCAGUAAACGUAGCGAACUGAAUUAGUUUAUGAAAUGAUUUCGUUCUUUGCGCUCUCCCGCCGUUAGCCAGCCCGCUCGGACCGGAAACGGAAGCGUUCUGUGCGGUCUCGACGCGUCAAGAGACGCGCAGUCGGUGCGGCGCGGCGGAGAAGGUCCGGUCAAUUUUCAAAAUAAAACACAUUGACACGCGAAUUGCAGUACAACAGAAAUGAAAUAAAUUGGUCAUUGCUUCUCUGCGGCCCGGUAACAAAUGCCUCACGGCCCGGUACCGGUCCGCGGGCCGGUGGUUGGGGACAACUGCGGUAGACCACCUCAAUAUGAACUCCUGCCCGAUGAUAGCUGGCAUAGGCUCCGGCACGCCCGCGACCCGCGUGAGGAGAAGCGGCUCGGAAAAUGGAUGGAUGGAUGAAAUUUGCCUGAUUUCUUGGCUUUUUCGUUUUGGGCCAGGCCCAUGUCCACCUGCACCCGAUGCCAGCUUCAAGCUGUGCCACGUGGGUAGCAUCCGCCUCUUUAAGCGCUCUCGUUCUGGAAAACAAUUGACUACAAUCGUUGUCUGUUUCACUAUUACCGACUUCAAAGGCUAAUCCCAAAUGCAUCCUCCAGCAAAAUAUGAAUUACAAUCUUUUUCUGUUUUUUAUUGGCCAUUUCUGAAUUUGAAGUUAGCUCAUUCUGUGUUGUGACAUAAUCCCUAAAAUCGCUCCGUCGCUUAAUACAUCUAACUUUAACAUCCGUCAAUUAAUUCGAGAAAUGUACUUAAUACAAGAUUCACUAGCGGAUCGACUCUUGUCGCCGACGUUACGUGCGCUUCGCCGUUCCGCAACCGGGGCCGCGACCCGCAGCGCCUCGACGCGGCGCGACAAAUACGACACGGGCCGAUCCGAUGAGCAAAAACGUUGCUUAAACGUAAGAGGGUGUCUGCUCCGGAGGCGGGUGGAGUAGCCAAAUCUUGGACUCCAGGAAGAGUACUCUUACUUGACAGUAAAUGUGACUCAAGUCAAAGUCAAAAGUAGUCCUCCCAAAAAGUACACAGUGGAAUAAUUACUCAAGCACUGAGUAAAUAGGGAGUAACUUCAGACUUUUUUUAACCACUGCAUGAACAUCAAUAAAAUAAAAUAAAAAAUACAAAAUAAAAUUUACAAAUUCUGAUAUUGCUGUGUGUGUGUGUGUGUUGCACAGACAAAACUACAAUAUCUGCAAUUUACUGCACGGGGGUUUUCUCAAGUUAGAAGUGGGCUGGAAUCACCACGUUUGGACAGACAGUGCCAGACAAAUACUGCAAUAUAUGAAAGCUGUUGUUUUUGUUCGACUAAAUGUGAACAAGACUUUGCGUUCAGGGUAACGACGACCUUCCCGACAUGGCCGCCACUGAGGCACACAGCGGGGCCGGCUU